AUGAAAUGGAAUACAGAUCGCCUUGAAAGUGGCCACAUCGGUGAACGGCCCUUCGCAAAAAAAUUGUUCGGAAAAUCAUCGCAUGUACAAAUUUUCUUGUUUAAUGCCUUGUCGAAGCAAAAUGCCUUAAGAUAUUUAAAAUGCCUUUAG